GGAGAAGGUUCUUGUUUCCAAGGAGAGAUUGAAAAUUCUGUGUUACCUCCAGUAUGAAGAUGUAUUCACCACAAAUCCAGAAGAGUCCAGAAUUCAUGUGAAGGAAAUGCACCAGAUCAACAGCUUAUAUUUAAGUAGACUGCAAGAAGAGAAGGGUCCUGUGUUUGACAGUUUUGUUGACAGCACUGUACAGCGUGGUGCCACCUGGCUUCAAGUGUACGCUUAAGUUGAAGGAUGCAGUAAGCGGUGUUCACCACCUACCCUACAGUGACCACAGCUGCCACACACCGAACUCGUUGAGUUUGUCUCCAAAAUAAAGCCACACACAAUCUACCCGAUAGUUAAAAUGGAGGUUACAGAUUGUGCAAAACGUGAGGACCAGGACUUGAGCGAUAAUUCCGAUGUACUCCUUCAGAAAUGUACUUGGAACAAUUCUGUCAUUCCUCGAAGUAUACUGGAUCUGUCCAAAGAACCGAUGGAUACAAAUGAAUUUUCAAGUGAGAUUCCAGACUUGGCAGUUGAAAACUUGCCUUUCAACAGUAUCCAGAAUCAACGUAUUGUAGAUGACUCUUGGUCAGAUAGCCAGUCACCGGUAUUGGUGCCUCGACAAGCAGAAGGUUUUGUUUUGCAAAGAAAAUGUAAUCAGUUGACGUCUGACAGUUCAAGUUCCGCGGGAAGAGGACUGAACGAGUCAGGUGAUCCUUCAACCUGCCAAACGUCAAAACAUCUUGAAGAUGAGUACGCUCCAAUUUCUGAUGAAGAAUUAACUCAAAUGGAUCCUGUUCCUUGUACAGCAUUUGGACAAUCAGAUAAUGAUCUAAGGAAAAAUAGUGACAAUGUCAUGGUUGACUCUGAUAGCAUUAUUAAUCAAAAGAAAUUGGAAAUGCCACCUUUGUCAAUGUGCAGCGAUAAAUCUUCUUCUGUUCGGUCCAAAGCCCAACUUGAUUUACAAAACCCCAAUGACUCAGAGAAAAGUCAAUAUUUCUCAUGUCCUACUUCCAUUCCACCAGAGAUGAAGGAUAACAAAUCAAUACUGAGUCAAACUUGUAUUCAGACGCCAAACUCUGAAAGUAUACAGAGAGAUCUUGAUGGUGACGUAAUAAACAGAAUCAAUUUAGAUCAAAAUGGAUUCCGUAAAGACAUUCAAGUUGAAACUUCUCUGUCUCAACUUGUGAGCUAUCAAAACUUCAAGUCCUCAUUAAACCCCAAACUCAACUGUGGCCAAGUUUCAAGCACCCCUUACGAACCUCAAAACAGUGUAACUGUUCAGUCGCCUGUUUUGACUUCUAAGUUUUUGAAAAAUAACAUAACUUUAGAGAAAAAUUUAAAUCAUCAGAGUUAA